GAGAUUGACGUUACUGUCUCUACAAUUGUGACAGGCUCCGGAGGUGGGGGUGGCUGUGUCGGCGCAAGGGGUAGUUCCUAGAUCCAGAUGCCAUGCAAAAUCAGUGCGCUUGUUUAAAGAGAAAGAAAGACGAGAAACUUGUUGGUUCGGGGAGGGCGACGAACGAGGAAGGUGUACGAACAGGAAAUGCAGACGCUGAUUCGAAGCGAAGUAGUGAUACUGGCGAUGAGAAAGAAAUAUGUGUUGGAUGUGGGAAAAUGCAUGCUGUUCGUCCGUCUUCAAUGUUCAAAAACACCACUCCUCAUUGACUCCCCUCCCUACCAACAAGUGAAUCGAAUCAGAUUUGAGGGAAAGGAGGGGGUACCUUGACUUUACGACGAGGUGGCUCCUCAUAAACCACUUCCUCUUCGAUGAUUGGACCCUUGUCCUCGAGGCCAACCAACUGUUCCAUAACCCAGUUCUCUCGUCGGGAAACAUCGAUCUCACGUCGUCCAACAAGUUCCUCUCGAUGUCCAACGUCUUUUUCGCGCUCAGAGACGCGGUGCUCACGAAUAUGC